CUUCGCUUCUUGCCUGGAGGAAUACUACAGCAGUCGUGUUAAGUAGUAAGGAACUCUAUAAUAGACCAUAAAACAAUCGAAGUUGAACAAUUUAAGGAAGGAAAUUGCAUAGAUUUACCCUAAACCCGCGAUGGCAGAGUCGGUGAAGGUGGCCGUUCGCGUUCGGCCUUUCAACUCGAGAGAGAAAGAUCGAGGGGCAAAAGUUGUACUCGACAUGAUAGGAGCACUGACACAAAUUACAGAUCCUGAUAAUCCAGGAAACCCGCCAAAGGAGUUCACGUUUGACUUCUCGUACUGGUCUCACGAUGGUUUUCACGAGGACGAAAACGGCUAUCUUGUCGCAGAUAAUGAGAAGUACGCGACACAGCGAAAAGUUUUCGAUGACUUAGGACAGGGUGUCUUAAAUAACGCUUUUGCAGGUUUCAACUGCUCACUGUUUGCCUAUGGACAGACAGGUGCUGGAAAGUCAUAUUCCAUGGUGGGAUAUGGAAACAAUAAAGGUAUUGUUCCCAUUACAUGUGAUGAGUUGUUUCAAGCAAUGGCUAAGGGAGCUGAAGGAGUUAAAUACCAAGUUUCAUUUAGCAUGUUAGAGAUUUACAAUGAACAAGUGCGAGAUCUUCUGGUCAAGAACAAUCCCAAGGGUGGUUUGCAGGUUCGUCAAAACCCUAAAGAAGGAAACUUCUUUGUUCAAAAUCUUAAGAGAGUGGCUGUUGUGGAUUAUGCAGAUAUUGAACGCAGAAUUGAAGAAGGUACUGCUAAUCGCACAGUAGCAGCUACACAGAUGAAUGCCACAAGUUCCCGUGCUCACACAGUGGUAACCAUCAUAUUUGAUCAGAUCAGCAAGAAUGAGUCAGGACAGGAAACAAAGAAGAGUAGUAACAUAAACUUGGUUGAUUUGGCAGGUAGUGAAAGAGCUGAUAGCACUGGUGCUACUGGUGACAGACUCAAAGAAGGAGCCAACAUCAACAAAUCCCUUUCAGCCCUGGGUAAUGUGAUCUCAGCCUUGGCUGACUUGUCCAUGGGUAAAAAGAAAGUGUUGGUGCCAUAUCGAGACUCUGUUCUGACCAAACUGCUUCAGAAUGCUUUGGGUGGCAACAGUAAAACCAUCAUGAUUGCUGCUUUGUCUCCAGCUGAUAUCAACUAUGAUGAAACACUGAGUACUUUGAGAUAUGCAGAUCGUGCCAAAAAGAUCAAGAACAAAGCAGUGGUUAAUGAAAAUCCAAUGGACAAGCUCAUCCGGGAAUUGCGGGAAGAAAAUGAAAAGCUUAAGAAGAUGUUUGAAGGUGGAGGACUGCCUGAUCUUGGUGCUGGAGCUGCAGUGAUGACUGAAGCUGAGAAAGAGGAAAUGCGGCGGAAGAUGAAAGAAGAACUCCUUGCACAGAUGGAAUUUAACCAACAGAACAUGAUGAGCUGGGAUGAAAAGGUCCAGAUGUCUCAAAGUGAUUCAUCAGCGGGAGAACAAAGUGAAAAACAGAAGAAGACAAAGAGUGUGCCACAUUUGAUUAACUUAAAUGAGGACCCCAUGUUGUCUAGAGUCAUCUUUCAUUUUCUGGAACAGGCGGAAACUAGGAUAGGAAGGAAAGAUGCUGAUCCUGUACCAAAUGUCCCUCUUUCUGGCCUGAGUAUUUUGAAACAACAUGCCUUGGUAAAGUCUGUGAAUGGGGAAAUCACCAUUGAGCCUGCAUCGCCUGGGGCAAAGACAAAAGUAAAUGGAAUGCCACUCACUGGAGAGCGUGUUCUCAAACAUCAUGACAGAAUCUUGUUUGGUUCGAACCAUAUGUAUUUCCUGGUAAACCCAACCAACCCUGAGAAAAGUGAGGGAACUCCAGACAACGUGGACUGGGAGUUUGCUCAGAAAGAGAUUGCUCAGGCUAAGGGUUUUGCCACUGGGUUUGGAAGUGGACUUUCCAAAGAUCAACAGCGAGCUCAGGAACAAGUGCUAGAAGCGCUUCCCUUGGUCAGUGAGGUGAACGCCAUGAGUGAAGAACUCAACAAGCACAAGACAUUUGAAGUUAUCCUAAUAUCAGGUGCAGCUCAGGGAGGUGAUUCAGAAACAAAAGUCAUGGUGAGAAUGAGGAACUUACUUAAUGGUAAUGUGUGGCUAUGGGAUCGUGGAAAGUUCAUGAACAGGCGGUUCGUGAUGCAGGAACACUAUCAACGAUCUAUUGAUGGGGAAGAUAUGAGUAAAAUCCCGAAAGAGGAAGAUCCUUUCUGGGAACCUCCUGAAGAUGUGCGGAUUGGAACGGCAAGCGUGUUCCUACAGAGUCUCAGCUAUGAGUUGGACUUCGACGAUAAGCUCUCUAUCACAGAUUACAAGGGCGAAGAAGUGGCGACCACUGUCAUCAACGUGUCUCCUUGUGAUCCUAAUGGCAAACCUUUAAAGGAAGACGUUUUUGUUGAAGAUCCCUCUGAGCUUCUUGGAAAACCAUAUCACUUCAAGGUCUCCAUUCGUAAUGUUAGCGUGCACGACAGCAGAUUUAACAAGGGGCUUUACCUCAGGUACAAACCGUUUAAAGAAACAGAAUAUACCGUGACUAAAACAGUGAGAGACACGCUAUCACCCGAGUUUGAUGAAAAGGAUUCGAAAGUGUUCAGUUUUGACUCGGUGAAACAAGACCUGUUGGACUGGUUUGACACAGGCUGCAUCACCUUUGAACUCUUUGGUCGCCAGGAGGACAGUGAUCCUGAUUCCACUCGAACGAGAAUGACAACAAAGGAAUUGCGCCAAAUGGAAAUGCAAAUGGCGAGGCCAGGUAUGGGAGGUCGUUCCACCACCAUGAUUGGAAAUGACAUCGCUCCCGCUCAGCUGAAAGCAGAGCAUAUUCUGCUCAAGAGGAAAAACCAACUACUGCUCAAGAAGGAAAAGCGCAUUCAGGAUCUGUGCACCGAAUGGGCCAAUAAACCGAAGGAAGAACAGACAUUUGAAGGUUUUCAUCGCGCGGUGUCCGCGGCAGCUGCUCACCAGUACGGCCGCACUAAGUACAAAGUCAACACGCUGAUGGUGAUGCUUAAAAAUCAAAACGGUGCUACGGCAAACGGUGGAGUCAUCAAACAAGACCCCAAGGUCACUGAAGGAAGUCGCGCCUGCACAAUCAUGUGAUUUCCACCCUCUUUUAUUGGCAAUCCUGGUAGUACUGAUGUAGUGAGAUGUAAUUAGAAUCCUAAAGUUUUUAGCGAAAUAACUUGUACAACUGAGCCAGACAAAAUUACGGGAAACUUGAGAAUCUUUUGUUAAACUGUGGCCUUGCUGGACGAGCCCUGAAAGACGAAAAUUUGCCGACGCAAAGUAGUGUUCCACAGCUAAUUUAUUAGCAGUACUUGGCAAUGUACUGAUUGUUAAGUUCACGAACUGUUGGUAAAAACAACUGACCUUACUCCACCCCCCACCCCCUCCCCCCCCUUCCCCCAUUGUGAUCGAUUUAACGCAUUUAACGAUUCGUUUGCACGUUUUACUGAACCCCAUGAAUGAAAGGCGGAAAGUUUCUCCUUACAUUUGCUUCUCUAUUUCAACCAGACAAGUGUUGAUAAUAGAUAGUUAGCAACUUUGGAAUAUAUUGUACAAGGUGCCACAAGACACUCCGGGGAAAAAUAUUGUUUAACGUUGUGAUAGGAGAAUUUGAAGGUAGAUCAUUUGUGAGACUGUGAAGGUUAUGCGAUGUCGUUCUUGGGUAGCGUAAAAACCAUUAGUGUUGAUUAGCAAAAAAAAAUAUUUAAUACAUUGAUCAACUAAACACUAAGGUAUUUGAAAGUGGAGAAAAUAUAUUUUUAUAAAAUUUGGUUGAUCCAAGAAAGGGAAGCAAGUUUUCUUUUAUCGCCAGGGCUUCUUUCUUCAUUUUUUGUCUUGUGAAUUAUUGAUUCGAUGUCAACAAGAUCCGUUAGAUUCGUAGUUGGUAAUAUUUAUUGCACCUUUUGUACAGAUGUGAUGUUUUUUUUGUAGUCUUAAUCUUUUUUAAUAAAAUGAACACCUGUCAAUUAUUGUUGACAGAGUGGAGAGGAAAA